GUCAGGUCCAUGGAGCCGUGCUGUCGCAUUCCAGACUUGUGGCAUAAGCCACGAGAUCUGCGCUGGAGGAGCUUCUUCGUUGAGCUAGCAUCCGUCGCUCGAGAUCAGCUGUUCCCGACGAAGAGAACACCUGCAUAACAGCUACCGACCGAUACGAGCAGACGCCUGUGACGCAGAUCCACGAGCUGGUUGCUUUGGAUCUCGCCUCUGUCGGUGACUCGACUGAGUGGCGAGGCGGUUCUCACUCACUCACUGCAGGCCAGGCACCACAUAACAUAACAUGACGUCCAUUCUGCAGCCGUCCAUUGACCGUAAGCACAGAACACGCCAGACGGCAGAUAGAUGCCAUAGCAAGGAAGGAUGCACACAGCCACAAACACAAACAGACCUCUGGCGUGUCGUCCAUAUGGCCUCUCUCUCUCUCUCUCUCUCUCUCAUGACGUGUGUGUGUAUGAUCAGAGAGGAUAGCGGUGGUGACCAACGACGGCCGGCUGUUUGUAGGGACUUUGCGUGGGUUCGACCAGACGACCAAUGUCAUCCUGCAGGACGCCAGCGAGCGGGUCUACAGCCAGGAUCAGGGGGUCGAGGAGAUACAGCUGGGGCUAUACGUCGUCAGGGGAGACAACAUGUAUGUCUGUCAGCCUGGGAAGGCACCUGUGUGUGGGAGGGAUGGACCUCUGUGUGUGUGUGUGUGUGUGUUGUGUGUGCAGUGCGAUAAUCGGUGAGAUCGAUGACGUGAUCGAUUCCGAGAUUGACCACACCACCAUCAGGGCAGCGCCGCUCAAACCGGUAAGGAAGCAAUGCAAUGCAGACAAUCGCCACACACAAGUGCAUUGCGUCUUGUGUGUGUGGGUGUGGGUGUGGGUGUGUGUGCAGGUGGUGCACUGAUGGCUUCUGUGCAGACCCCUCCCCCCCUCCCC